CCUCCCGGAGUAGAGAGAAGGGCGCGACGUUUCCGGGAGCCCGGCGGCCGCGGGCACCUCUCAGGGAGUUUCAGACGUCAGCCCGGAGGCCCCUUCCCCGCGAGCCCAGAUGCCCGUCCAGCCUCCGAGCAAAGACACAGAAGAGAUGGAAGCAGAGGGUGAUUCGGCCGCCGAGAUGAACGGGGAGGAGGAGGAGAGCGAGGAGGAGCGCAGCGGCAGCCAGACAGAGUCCGACGAGGAGAGCUCAGAGAUGGACGAGGAGGACUACGAGCGGCGUCGCAGCGAGUGCGUCAACGAGAUGCUGGACCUGGAGAAGCAGUUCUCGGAGCUAAAGGAGAAGUUGUUCAGGGAACGGCUGAGUCAGCUGAGGGCGCGGCUGGAGGAAGUGGGGGCUGAGCGGGCUCCUGAGUACACAGAGCCUCUGGGGGGCCUGCAGCGGAGCCUCAAGAUCCGCAUUCAGGUGGCAGGGAUCUACAAGGGCUUCUGUCUGGACGUGAUCCGGAACAAGUACGAGUGUGAGCUGCAGGGAGCCAGACAGCACCUGGAGAGUGAGAAGCUGCUGCUGUACGACACCCUGCAGGGGGAGCUGCAGGAGCGGAUCCAGAGGCUGGAGGAGGACCGCCAGAGCCUGGACAUCAGCUCCGAGUGGUGGGACGACAGACUGCACGCCCGCAGCAGCACCAAGACCUGGGACCCCCUGGCGGCCGGCAAGAGGAAGAAGGCUCCUCUCGUCUCCGGCCCUGGGUCUCUGCCAGGCUGUGCGGACCAUCGAGAAAGAGCAGUGCCCCCUCCCGUCCGGCACAUGCAGAACAGAAUCUGCACGCCCUCCACCCCCACGCCCGGGUACUCCGGCCAUCAGACGCUCGGGACCCGGCCGCCUGGUGAUGGCUGUUGCAUCAGGCAGGGAGGGAAGCAUCCAGGCUGCAAGAACUUGAGGGGUCCUUACAUUGUGUACAUGCUGCAGGAGAUCGACAUCCUGGAGGACUGGACGGCUAUCAAAAAGGCUAGAGCAGCUGUGUCCCCUCAGAAGAGAAAAGCAGAUGGACCGUGACCUUGCCAUUCAGAGCCAGGGGGCCCCUCGGAGCAACUGGCCGCAAAGCCAGGAUCCACAUUUUCCUGCUGUGAGAAGGCAGACUGACAGGGUCUGUCCAGCCAGCUCCCCAGUACUGCUGGUGGAUCUUCCCCUCCAGCCAUCACUGGUCCGGACUCCUCUGCCCUCCUCGGGGGGCCUGCACAGCUGUGGCCCAGAGCUGCCCUAGCCAGGCAAGACUGUCUCCUCUGUCCCCAGCGAAUGCACCGGCGCCCCCUCCCAGAGGGCAGCCUCCUCCUCGGUGCUCUCCCAGACAGAGGAGGUGGGGCUCCUCUUACACCAAAGCAGCAUCCUUCCUGCUGACCUUGGACCAGUCACUGAGCCAGUGAGCUGGGCCCCAUCUCAUGGGAACUCUGAGCCAGACAUCGUAUUUUGGGGGGGCCUGUCUUUUCUGGCUGCUGUUGGAGGUGAGAAGGCAUGUUCCCCAGGUCUUCUCAAGGAGGUUCUUGGUGUCUCCCAGAUUUCAGGGACUGGAAUUAAAACCUUUCCUGGGACCGCA